AUGGCCGACCAAUUUAAAGCUCGAACGCUGAAACGCAAAAACGUCAAAGGUCUCGCUCUGAAUGCAGCACCCAAACCCCUCUCCAACCCGUCCGAUGGCGAUGCCCAAGUUCCCGGUGCGAUUGGAAAUACCGACAGCAACCGCACCGAUACGCUGGAAAUCGGGCUGGAGUUCCGCCUUGAUCUUCGCAGUGAGGAUUUGAUCACCUUAAAAGAACUAGGGGCGGGCAAUGGCGGUACAGUCUCCAAGGUCAUGCAUGCGUCUACUAAAGUUGUCAUGGCCCGAAAGAUUAUCCGUGUCGAUGCCAAGGAGAACGUUCGAAAACAGAUACUGCGAGAGCUUCAAGUUGGCCACGACUGCAACUCCCCAAAUAUCGUGACCUUCUAUGGAGCAUUCCAAAAUGAAGCUAGGGAUAUUGUUCUGUGUAUGGAAUACAUGGACUGUGGUUCUCUUGAUCGUAUAUCCAAAGACUUCGGUCCUGUCCGAGUGGAUGUACUAGGCAAGAUCACAGAGUCAGUACUGGCUGGUCUCGUGUAUCUCUAUGAAGCGCAUCGCAUUAUGCAUCGUGAUAUCAAACCAUCCAACAUCCUUGUCAAUUCACGGGGAAACAUUAAACUUUGCGAUUUCGGCGUCGCUACUGAGACUGUCAAUUCAAUCGCCGACACCUUUGUCGGCACGUCGACCUACAUGGCACCCGAGCGCAUUCAAGGCGGCGCGUAUACUGUCCGUUCGGAUGUCUGGAGUGUAGGCUUGACGGUCAUGGAAUUGGCCGUGGGUCGAUUUCCCUUUGAUACCUCAGAUUCUUCGGCAGGGGACCGAGCUAGUGCUGGCCCUAUGGGUAUCUUGGACCUUUUACAACAAAUUGUCCAUGAGCCUGCUCCGAAGCUUCCAAAGAGUGAUGCUUUCCCCCCAAUCCUGCACGAGUUUGUCGCCAAAUGCCUCCUUAAAAAGUCCGAAGAGCGGCCAACACCCCGAGAAUUAUAUGAUAAGGAUGCGUUCCUUCAGGCUGCUAAACGCACACCAGUUGAUCUUCAAGAAUGGGCAAUUAGCAUGAUGGAGCGACAUAACCGGAAGUCUUAUCUAGCUCCCCCACCGCCCAAGUCUCUCAAGGACGAGAAAGAAGAAUCACCGCGCCGUAGCCCCGCUCCAAAGCCAGCAGUUAGCAAAUCGGCUCGCACACCACACUACACGCCAACAUCUGGAGAGAUCCCGUUGAAUAUGGUCAAUGAAAUGUCUUCCCAAAGCCGGCAUUAUCACGUACCGCCGAACCCAUCUCCUCGCCCCAGUCGGUCGACCAGAUCCCCGCCCGCGAUAUCACUAGAGCAUCUUUCUUUGGAAACCAAGGAUGAUGAUUAUCGAUCGGGACGCCGCCCCUCUCGUGCGCACUUAGGAGACCCGGUGUCAGCACUGGAACCACCCUCUCGUCAGCACAUCGCAUCUCGUUCAGCGAGCUCCCACAACAUGAAGUCGAGAAUGCCACUUCAGACAUCAGCUAUGCCAGUUCGCGCAGCUCCUCCCAGUGGGCCCUUACCACCAGCUCCGGUGCCGGGAGCACCAUGGCAACGCUAA